AUGAAAAUAUUACCAUUGGCAUGGAAUCGUCUAAUAGCAGAAAGAAAGAAAGAAGAGAAAUUGAGCGAAGCACACGACGCGCGUCAACAUAAAAAGAGAAAGACGACUAUGGAAGACAAUUCCUUGUAUCGGGGUCGGUUUGAUCAUGUUGGAGAUCGAAAAUUCAAUUCAGUUCGUAUAUUUGUCAGUUCAACAUUCACUGAUACCACCAAUGAACGAAAUGGACUCAUUGAGAGCGUUUAUCCUCGGUUACGUGAAUAUUGUGCUUCGAAAUAUGAUAUUCAAUUUCAAUAUUCCGAUAUGCGUUGGGGUAUUCAAUCUAGUGCAGCAAAUACUCAUGCAACCGUUGACAUGUGUUUGCAAGAACUUGAUAUUUCCUAUCGCUUAUCGAUGGCAACGAAUUGUGUGAUUUUGUUGAGUCAUAAAUAUGGAAGUCGUUUUACACCGGCGUGUAUCUCUUCACGGAUAUUUCAACAUCUUCUAUCGAAUACUAAAGAGAAGAGCUUUCUGAAUGAAAUGUACCAGUUAGACGAGAAUUAUUUGGAUCAAAAGUACUUUCUUCGGCCGAUUGAUAAUAAUCAACAAUGGAACGAAUCAGAGAAAAAAUUGCAAACAAUUUUACGGGAAGCAUCGAACCAAUGUUACGAGCAAAAACUGAUCAACAAAGACGAACGGGAUGAAUUUCACAUCUCAGUCACCGCGCAGGAAAUUUAUCGUGCUUUGGAGCAUAAUAAACAGAAACCACAGCGAACAGUUUGUUUCUUUCGGGAAUUAAUUGAUAUCGACGAGCUCGAAUCGAUGUUUCACGACAACGAUGAUAAAGCUCAGUCUCAACAGAUGUUGGACGAUGUCAAACAAUUGCUUCGUCAAUCGAUAGAUCCUUCACAAAUUUAUACCUACAGAUUACGAUGGAACGAUGGGAACGAUCGAAAGAACUAUCUAUCGAAAUUCUACGAUGAUUUUUACCAUGCAGUCCGAUCGCAAAUCGAUUACCAUAUGAAAAUCUACGAGAGUAAACGCGACGAUUUGUUAUUUAAUCAAGUUUUAGAACAUGCAAUUCAAUGCAAUCUAUUAACACAACGAUUUUUUCCUCGACCGGAUGUUUUCCAUCAAAUCAAAACGUAUAUUACAGCAUCGACAAAAUCUGCUUGUGUGUUAUUUGGACACUCUGGAAUCGGUAAAUCAUCAAUUAUGGCAAAGAUCGUUAAUGAAAUUCCCAAUUGGUAUCCCAAACCGAAUUAUGUUUCUGUUAUCGUCCGAUUUCUGGGUGCCACUCCAUCAUCUAGCGAUAUUCGGCGUCCACUCAUAUCGAUUAUUCAACAAAUAUGUCAUAUUUAUCAUUUGAGUGUCCCAUCGAGUUUCGAAAAUGUUAAAGAAAUCUUCACGAGUACUUUGACACGUGUUCCGAAAGAAGAAAAUCUCGUUCUUCUUCUUGAUUCGCUCGACCAAUUACAGAAAGUCGAUGUAAUGCAUUUAUCCGAUUGGUUACCGAAAAGCUUCCCGUCGAAUGUCAAAUGUAUCUACUCGACAAUUCCGGAUAUAGAAAUUGGAUUAGAACGAACAAAAAUCGAGAUUUACCUCCAACUGCAAGCAAUCUAUCCGGACAAUUUAUUCGAUAUAGAAAUCAAACCGUUCGAUGAAAAUACAGCUGAAGAAGUGUUACGAUCUUGGCUGCAACAAGACCGACGUUGUUUAACACCAGUUCAAUACGAAUGGAUCAAACCAAAACUAACUCGGCGACAUCAGAUCGAUCCACUUUUCCUUUCGCUUAUCUACGAUCAAACAUUAACCUGGCAUUCGUACAAUCAAACUCCCGAUGCGAAAUUUUUAUCUAUUGAGUACGCAGGUGAUGCCAUUGAAUACUUAUACAAUCAGUUAGGUGCAAAACAUGGACAAAUCUUAUUCCAUCGUGCUAUACAUUAUCUUCAAUUGUCCGGGGGUUUGAGUGAAGUCGAGAUCGAAGACAUUCUUUCGUUAGAUGAUGUUAUUCUACAAUCAGUUUUUGCGCAUUAUUUGCCACCGUUAGAAUCGUUUCGUUUACCAUCGAAUCUGUGGAUUCGUAUUCGAAAUGAUAUGCAUAAAUAUUUGGUUGAAAAGGAUAUCGACGGUGUUCCAUGUAUUUAUUUUUAUCAUCGAUAUUUUCAAGAUUAUCAACCAUGGAAAGGUGAACAAGGGCAGCAAUAUCGACAGGAAACACCGGUCUUGGAGAAAACUCGUUUGGAAUAUUAUGCCAAUGAAUACAAAACAACAUUCGAUAUGAGUUAUUCCGCGAAAUUAACGAAGAAAUACAAUUUACCAACAGCAAUCAUCUCCGUUGAUCGAUGUUUAACACCACAAAAACCGUUGAUAGACAAACAGAAAAAGCAAUACAACCUUCGACGUCUUCAUCAAUUAUAUCUCAACAUUGGACGUUACGAAUACGUUCACUACGCGUCUUUAUUCAAUCUCGAUUUUCUCACCGCGUUACUUCUUUGCGGUGAAUAUACCAUAAUCGAUUUUCUAUACGUAUUUACUAGGGGAAAUUACAGUGGGAGUGGCGAUUCACGAUUCCUACUCAAGCAAUUCGAAAUGCUGAUCGAUAUACUCAAUCCGUAUCCUUCGAACCUUCCAUUCGAGUUAGUCUAUCGAUUACUUCCCUUCCGAGAGCACUUAAGUCCAAAUCUGUACAAUUUACUCGAUCAAUGUCUACUCGUGUGUCCACUUCUAUUGAUAACAGACGAUCAACGACCACAAUAUCUCCUGAAAUGUCCAUUAGGACACGUGAUCUACUCGAAAAUUUCAAAUUUUUUUCUGCUAGUUGUCACAGACGACAGUCGAAUGUUUCAAUUUCAGAAUCAUUUUCGAACAAUAUACAACCAGUCCGAAAUCACCUAUAUGAAGAAAGAUACGGGAGAAAAAAUUAUCUCGGCUUUAUAUCACAGCGAAUGUUUAUGCUGUUUAACAUCAAAUUCGGAAAUGAUCGUAAAGAAUGUCUCGACCAAACAAACAAUGAUGCAAAUCCCGUGUCAUCGAUUGAUUGCAUUUAUUAAGAAGGAUAUUAUUCUAAUUAUUUCAUUGUCGCAGCACACUUUACAGAUUUGGAACUGUGCCGAGAAUAAUUUAAUAUCUGAAUAUGAUUGUGGCGACGAUAUGAUCGAGAAUUAUUUUCUGAAGAAAAACGAUCUGAAACUGACGUUCAAAUCAAGCUUAAAGAUUUCUUAUUUUUCGAUCAAUAAGGAUUGUCAACUCGAACUCAUUCGAACGGUUCACCGAGACAAGAAUUCUUAUCAACAUUGCGUCCUCCUUGAUUUACACAUCGAAUUUUUCUAUUCACUCGACAACUCCAAAACUUUAUUAACUGUACAUCACGAAACUAAUCCAAUUGAAGUUCACAACGAUAUCGAUUUUCAUUCGUUACCUGACUCGGUCGUCCAUCUUCCGAAUAGCAAUUCGAUUGGCUGGUUGACACAAUCAUCAGUGAUGAUAUUCAACCCAUUGUGUAAAGAGAAAAUUUUUCAGCCAUUUUGUUUGACAUCUUUGGGUGAAUAUGAUUUGAUUCAUGAUAAUUACAAUUCACAUGCGUUUAGUGGCGGUUUAGGAAAUCUUAUAGCUUGUAUUAAUAGAAAUAAAAGUAUCGUAGAUAUUUAUGAAUGGCUUUAUGACAAAAAACAACAGAAACAUGUGUCUUUUCUUCUCAGUCAUGUUCAAUUGGAUAUUUACAUCGAACAUUGCGUUUUCGAAGCGGAGCAUCCCGAAGGUAUAACACUGUAUUGUUCAGAUGGAAAGGAUUUGUACAAAUACAGUGCGACAAUGUUAUCUUGUCUCGUCGGUUUGAAAACUCUCGUUUCAUCAGAAGCAAUUCGUCAACGACCAAGAAUACACUUAGAUCGAUUUCUAACUUACACAGAUAACGAUCAAGAUUUGAAGAUCUACACGUUGAAUGAAAUGAAUAAACUUGAUUUACAUCUAUCGAUUCCAUCGGUGAAACAAUGUUAUUUUACGAAAUCUUCAUCGCACGUGUUAGUUAUUGAUCGGAAGAAUCUUCUAGCAAUCUAUUCGAUGGAAACGAAGAAACUAACGUGGACAACAAAUGAAUUUCAACAUCGAAAUGUUCAGAUUCAUUCACUCCAAUCGUCAUUCGUUCUAUUCUGUUCGCAAACUAAACAAGUCUUUCAAAUCGAUACAAAAGCAUUUCAAGUAAAAAUUCUUACUCAACUAGCGAUGGACUGUUCGACAAGUACAUUAAAUGAAUCCGACGAUCGGCUAUGCAUCCUAUCGAAAGAUCAAACUCAUCUAUUCGAAUACAAUCUCGUCAAUUCAACAUUGAAAAUUCGCUCAUCAACCAUACGAUUAAAUUCAAGUAAAGUUAUGCAAAUGUACUCACUUCACGAGCAUUUCGUCUUUCAUAAUACCGAUAAUCAAAUCUUUAUUUGGCACAAAGAGAAUGACAAAUUCACACAACUGGAUGAUGCUUAUCAAUUAAUCAUAAAAGAUAAUUUACUUGUUUUUGAUUCGAUAGAUCGUCCAGUGAUAAUUAUAUACAAUUUAGUAACAAAAUCACGCAAAGUUGUUCAAUUGGAUGAUGCUACUGGUGCUUGUGAAACGUUCUGCCUAAGUAACGCUAAUCCAAGUGAUAGUGGUGAACAGUAUUUAUUUGUGAUCUGUUCGGAUCGAUUAUUACGAAUGUAUCGAGUUUCAAAUGGUGAACAAAUGGCGAAAUUAUUCAUUGAGAAGGAGUUGUAUCCAUUUAUGGGGAUAUUAAAUGAUCGAUUGUUACUGAAAAUCGACGAGCGUUUAUGUAUCAUCAAAAUUGUCGAUCGAAAAUCGCUUCCCGAAAAGUCAUGGGAUGUGAAGCACUUGUUAUUCAAUAGCGAAUACUGGCUAAAAUGUCACGAUAUUCAUUUUGCUUAA